GAUGAUGGUGGAGGAGGUGGUGCUCAGCUGAAUCUGGUGCUACUGCUCAUGACGCAGGAAAAACGCACCGCCGGCCAAAGAGAGACAUAGCAAGACAGGGAAAGAGGAAAAAUAAAUAAAUAAGGGGAAGAGCAAAAACCUCAAGACACCCUGCAGUGAGCUGAAAGCUACCGCCACUGACAGGCCAUUGAAACGGAAAGACAUGACAACCGGAAUGAGCCUCUGAGGGGGUAAAAAAAAACAGGCGCGGGAGGCAACGCGAAGAAGUUUUAAUGCAUAUGAAGUUGUGGGGGAGGACAUAAAGGAAGCGAAGAAAAAAAAAAUACAUCAGGGAAGCACUGCCCUCCCGACCGCACCGUCCUGUUUAGCAUUCCUAUUCCAUGUAAUCCCCCCAUACGUUAUUUUGUGGGAUUAUUUAUUACAGGGGAUUACAAAAUUGUAUUUGCACCUUUUGUUAUGAGAAACAGACCGGCUUUUUUAAUCUCCAGCAUUGGAGGAGGGCUCACUAGUUUGCGGUUAUGCAAUGGUCUCUGCAAAAGGCUUUGUGCUUGAGGUGGAGCUUUGGAAGGCAGACAUAUGCUGGCUUGUCAUCUUAUUUAAGGGGACUAUAAUUUCUUCUCUUACGACCACUACCUAAACAGACAAAAUUGCAAAGAUCUGCCCUGUGUCGAGUAUGACAGCCACGACCCGUGGCUCUCCAGUUGGAGGGAAUGAAAGCCAGGGCCAGGCUCCUGAUGGACAGUCCCAACCUCCACUCCAACAGAAUCAGACUUCCUCCCCUGAUUCUUCCAAUGAGAAUUCUCCUGUUAGCCCUCCAGACGACCAGGGUCAAGGGGAUACUCCACCACAGCUUGAAGAUGAGGAGCCUGCUUUUCCCCACACUGACUUGGCCAAGCUUGAUGACAUGAUCAACAGGCCCCGCUGGGUGGUUCCAGUUUUGCCUAAAGGUGAAUUAGAAGUACUUUUAGAAGCUGCUAUUGAUCUUAGUAAAAAAGGCCUUGAUGUGAAAAGUGAAGCAUGCCAACGAUUCUUUCGAGAUGGGCUUACAAUCUCUUUUACAAAAAUUCUCACGGAUGAGGCAGUGAGUGGCUGGAAGUUCGAGAUUCAUAGGUGUAUUAUUAACAAUACUCAUCGUCUUGUGGAGCUUUGUGUGUCCAAACUUCCCCAAGAUUGGUUUCCUCUUCUUGAACUCCUUGCCAUGGCCUUAAAUCCUCAUUGCAAAUUUCAUAUCUACAAUGGUACACGUCCAUCAGAGACCGUUCCUGCUGGAGUGCAGUUAGCAGAAGAUGAGCUUUUUGCCCGUCCACCUGAUCCACGCUCUCCAAAGGGUUGGCUAGUAGACCUCAUCAAUAAGUUUGGCACAUUAAACGGGUUCCAGAUCUUGCAUGAUCGUUUUAUGAAUGGCUCUGCGUUGAAUGUCCAAAUCAUUGCAGCACUCAUCAAGCCAUUUGGACAGUGCUACGAUUUUUUAACUCUUCAUACAGUAAAGAAAUACUUUCUUCCAAUUAUUGAAAUGGUUCCACAGUUUCUAGAAAAUUUAACAGAUGAUGAGUUAAAAAAAGAAGCAAAAAAUGAAGCCAAAAAUGAUGCCUUGUCCAUGAUAAUAAAAUCUUUAAAGAGCUUAGCUUCAAGAGUACCGGGACAAGAAGAAACUGUCAAAAACUUAGAAAUUUUUAGACUUAAAAUGAUACUUAGGUUGUUACAAAUUUCUUCCUUCAAUGGGAAAAUGAAUGCACUUAAUGAAGUUAACAAGGUGAUAUCUAGUGUAUCCUACUACACACACAGACAUGGAAAUCCAGAGGAGGAAGAGUGGCUGACUGCAGAACGCAUGGCAGAAUGGAUUCAGCAGAACAACAUUCUUUCGAUUGUUUUACGGGACAGCCUUCAUCAACCACAGUAUGUUGAAAAAUUAGAAAAGAUAUUACGAUUUGUUAUCAAAGAAAAAGCACUUACAUUGCAGGAUUUAGACAACAUUUGGGCUGCACAGGCAGGAAAACAUGAAGCAAUAGUGAAAAAUGUUCAUGACCUCCUUGCAAAGUUAGCGUGGGAUUUUUCUCCUGAGCAACUUGACCACCUUUUUGACUGUUUCAAGUCAAACACAGCGUAGCCCUCAUGUGUUUUACCGACAUGAUUUAAUUAACCAGCUCCAGCAUAAUCAUGCCCUUGUUACUUUAGUGGCAGAAAAUCUCUCAUCCUACAUGGAAACUAUGCGGCAGUAUGCAAAAGAACAUGGGGAAUAUGAUCCACAGACUGUGAGACCAGGAAGUCGAUACAGUCAUGUGCAGGAAGUACAAGAGCGGCUUAACUUUCUGAGGUUUUUAUUGAAGGAUGGUCAACUUUGGCUUUGUGCCCCUCAGGCAAAGCAAAUUUGGAAGUGCUUAGCUGAAAACGCUGUCUACCUUUGUGACCGGGAAGCCUGUUUUAAGUGGUACUCCAAGCUUAUGGGGGAUGAGCCAGAUUUGGACCCAGACAUUAAUAAAGACUUCUUUGAAAACAAUGUAUUGCAGCUUGAUCCAUCUCUUUUAACAGAAAAUGGAAUGAAAUGCUUUGAGCGUUUCUUCAAAGCUGUGAACUGUCGGGAAGGAAAGCUUGUAGCAAAACGACGGGCUUACAUGAUGGAUGACUUGGAGCUUAUAGGACUUGAUUACCUCUGGAGGGUUGUGAUUCAAGGCAGUGAUGACAUUGCUAGCAGAGCAAUAGAUCUUCUCAAAGAAAUCUACACCAAUCUUGGCCCAAGACUACAAGUCAACCAGGUGGAGAUUCAUGAAGACUUUAUUCAGUCUUGUUUUGAUCGCUUGAAGGCCUCAUAUGACACAUUGUGUGUACUUGAUGGUGAUAAAGACAGUAUUAAUUGUGCAAGGCAAGAAGCAAUACGAAUGGUCAGAGUGCUGACCGUAUUGAAAGAAUAUAUAAAUGAAUGUGACAGUGAUUACCAUGAAGAGCGAACAAUUCUUCCUAUGUCAAGAGCUUUUCGGGGAAAACACAUCACAUUGGUUGUCAGAUUUCCAAAUCAGGGCCGGCAAGUUGAGGAUUUGGAUAUAUGGUCUCAUACAAAUGACACAAUAGGCUCUGUUCGACGUUGUAUUCUUAAUCGGAUCAAAGCCAAUAGUGCACAUACAAAAGUUGAACUCUUUAUUGGUGGAGAAUUAGUGGAUCCCUCAGAAGACAGAAAAUUGAUUGGCCAAUUAAACCUAAAAGAUAAAACUUUAAUUACAGCCAAGCUUACCCAGAUAAGUGCAAACAUGCCUUCAAGUCCCGACAGUUCAUCAGACUCCUCAACUGGCUCUCCUGGUAAUCAUGGAAACCACUAUAGUGAUGGUCCCAACCCAGAGGUUGAAAGCUGCUUGCCUGGAGUGAUCAUGUCAUUACAUCAUAGAUAUAUAUCCUUUCUUUGGCAAGUAGCAGAUUUAGGAAGCAGCUUAAAUAUGCCUCCACUUCGUGAUGGUGCACGGGUCCUCAUGAAACUUAUGCCACCAGACAAUACUAUAGUCGAAAAACUGAGAGCCAUGUGUUUAGAUCAUGCAAAACUUGGAGAAAGUAGUCUGAGUGCAUCUCUAGAUUCUCUUUUUUUUGGUCCCUCUGCUUCACAAGUACUAUAUCUAACAGAGGUAGUUUAUGCCUUGCUUAUGCCUGCCAAUGCACCCUUGGGAGAGGAUGCAAGUGAUUUCCAGUACAACUUCCUAAAAAGUGGUGGCUUACCCCUUGUUUUGAGCAUGUUAACUCGGAAUAAUUUCCUGCCAAAUGCUGACAUGGAAACAAGGAGGAGUGCCUAUCUUAAUGCUCUGAAAGUCGCCAAAUUGCUGCUUACUGCAAUAGGUUAUGGCCAUGUGCGUGCGGUUGCUGAAGCUUGCCAACCUGUGGUGGAUGGCACAAAUCCUGUUUCACCGGCAACCCAUGAUCAAGCAGUUGUGUUACAAAAUGCCCUACAGAACAUUCCUAAUCCAACAUCUGAAUGUAUGUUGAGAAAUGUAGCAAUACGCCUCGCACAGCAAAUAUCUGAUGAGGCUUCUAAAUAUAUCCCAGACAUCUGUGUCAUAAGAGCAAUACAAAAAAUCAUCUGGGCAUCUGGCUGUGGAUCAGUUCAGCUGGUAUUUUCUGCCAAUGAGGAAAUAAGUAAAAUAUAUGAAAAGACAAAUGCCGGAAAUGAACCAGAUCCCGAAGAUGAACAAGUUUGCUGUGAAGCUUUGGAAGCUAUGACACUUUGCUUUGCACUUAUCCCAACAGCACUUGAGGCACUUAGUAAAGAAAAGGCUUGGCAGACAUUUAUAAUAGAUUUGCUUUUACAUUGUCAAAGCAAGCUUGUACGGCAAAUGGCACAGGAACAAUUCUUUCUUAUGGCUACAAGAUGCUGUAUGGGACACAGGCCUCUCAUCUUCUUCAUUACGCUACUGUUUACAGUUCUCGGGAGCACAGCUAGAGAGCGAGCAAAACAUGCUGGUGACUACUUUACUUUAUUAAGACAUCUGCUGAAUUAUGCUUACAACAGUAAUAUUAACAUCCCCAAUGCAGAGGUCUUGCUCAACAAUGAGAUUGACUGGUUAAAAAGGAUAAAAGAGGAUGUGAAGAGAACUGGCGAAACUGGCAUUGAGGAGACAAUUCUGGAAGGUCACUUAGGAGUAACGAAAGAAUUGCUAGCAUUCCAGACACCUGAAAAAAAAUACCAUAUUGGGUGUGAAAAGGGAGGUGCGAACCUCAUCAAGGAGCUGAUUGAUGACUUCAUAUUUCCAGCCUCAAAUGUGUAUUUACAGUACAUGAAAAGUGGUGAGCUGCCAGCAGAACAAGCCAUUCCAGUCUGCAGUUCACCUGCCACAAUAAAUGCAGGCUUUGAGUUGCUGGUUGCUUUGGCAGUGGGAUGUGUUCGCAACUUAAGACAGAUUGCUGAUACAUUAAAUGACAUGUAUUACACAGUGCCCAACAUGGGAAAUAAAACAGAACAAGGAGGAGAAAGCCAAGAAGAUGUGGGAAACAUCAGUGCCAGCACAUGUAUCAAAGAGGAGGGGGGCACCAUUGGAGGUUGUGAAGCUCUUACAGAAUGGGAAUAUCUUCCUCCUGUUGGACCUCGACCUAACAAAGGCUUUGUUGGCCUUAAAAAUGCUGGUGCUACGUGUUACAUGAAUUCUGUAAUACAACAGUUGUAUAUGAUUCCAGCCAUCAGGAAUGGAAUUUUGGCUAUUGAAGGCACUGGCAGUGAUGUUGACGAUGACAUGUCUGGAGAUGAAAAACAGGACAAUGAGAGUAAUGUUGAUCCACGGGAUGAUGUCUUUGGCUACCCUCAUCAAUAUGAAGACAAACCUUCAUUAAGUAAAACAGAAGACCGAAAAGAGUACAAUAUUGGCGUUCUACGACAUCUGCAGGUUAUAUUUGGCCAUUUAGCAGCCUCAAGAUUACAGUACUACGUACCAAGAGGUUUUUGGAAGCAAUUCAGGCUCUGGGGCGAACCAGUUAAUCUUCGGGAGCAACAUGAUGCUUUAGAAUUUUUUAAUUCACUUGUUGACAGUUUAGAUGAAGCUUUAAAAGCCUUAGGUCACCCAACUAUGUUAAGUAAAGUUUUAGGAGGGUCUUUUGCUGAUCAAAAAAUUUGUCAAGGAUGCCCACAUAGGUACGAAUGUGAGGAAUCUUUUACAACCCUGAAUGUAGAUAUUAGAAAUCACCAAAACCUGCUGGAUUCUAUGGAACAGUAUGUCAAAGGAGAUUUGCUUGAAGGUGCAAAUGCUUAUCAUUGUGAGAAAUGUAACAAAAAGGUUGAUACAGUGAAGCGUUUGCUUAUCAAGAAAUUGCCCCCUGUUUUAGCAAUCCAGCUGAAACGCUUUGACUACGACUGGGAAAGGGAAUGUGCAAUUAAAUUCAAUGAUUAUUUUGAGUUCCCACGAGAACUUGAUAUGGAGCCGUACACUGUUGCAGGUGUAGCCAAGCUUGAAGGUGAUGAUGUAAACCCUGAAAAUCAGGUCAUUCCCAAUGAACACACAGAAAAUGAGCCUGCUGGAAGCACAAAGUAUAGACUUGUAGGUGUUUUGGUGCACAGUGGUCAGGCCAGUGGAGGUCAUUACUAUUCUUAUAUUAUCCAAAGGAAUGCGGGAGAUGGUGAGAAGAACCGCUGGUAUAAGUUUGAUGAUGGAGAUGUAACAGAGUGUAAAAUGGAUGAUGAUGAGGAAAUGAAGAACCAGUGCUUUGGUGGGGAGUAUAUGGGAGAAGUUUUUGACCACAUGAUGAAGCGAAUGUCCUAUCGGCGCCAGAAGAGGUGGUGGAAUGCUUACAUUCUCUUUUAUGAACGAAUGGACACCUUAGAUAAAGACAAUGAACUAAUCAAAUAUAUUUCAGAACUAACAAUCACCUCUAAACCACACCAGAUCAAGAUGCCAUCAGCCAUUGAGCGCAGUGUUCGCAAGCAAAAUGUGCAGUUUAUGCAUAAUCGGAUGCAAUACAGUUUAGAAUAUUUCCAAUUUAUAAAGAAGUUGCUGACCUGUAACAGUGUCUACCUGAAUCUUUCUCCAGGACAAGAUCAUCUGUUACCGGAGCCAGAAGAAAUAACUAUGAUUAGUAUACAACUUGCUGCUAAAUUCUUAUUCACCACAGGGUUUCACACAAAGAAAGUUGUUCGUGGCCCAGCCAGUGACUGGUAUGAUGCAUUAUGUAUCCUUCUCCGCCAUAGUAAGAAUGUACGAUAUUGGUUUGCACAUGGCGUUCUUUUUGCUCAUCCAAAUCGCUUUUCUGAAUACCUUUUGGAAUGUCCCAGUGCAGAAGUAAGGGGUGCUUUUGCAAAACUUGUAGUAUUUAUUGCACAUUUUUCUUUACAAGAUGGACCCUGUACUUUACCUUUUACAUCUGCUGGACCUUCAAGUCAGGCCUAUGAUAAUCUGAGUUUAAGUGACCAGUUGCUAAGAGCAGUUCUUAACCUCCUUAGAAGAGAAGUAUCGGAGCAUGGUCGACAUUUACAACAGUAUUUUAACUUGUUUGUGAUGUAUGCCAACCUUGGUAUGCAAGAAAAGACCCAGCUCCUAAAACUCAAUGUGCCUGCAACAUUUAUGUUGGUAGCAAUGGAUGAAGGUCCUGGGCCUCCAAUCAAAUACCAGUAUGCUGAAUUAGGCAAAUUGUACACUGUUGUGUCACAGCUAAUUCGUUGUUGCGAUGUAUCAUCGCGUAUGCAGUCUUCAAUAAAUGGUAACCCACCACUUUCAAACCCCUAUGGAGAUCCUAAUUUAUCUCAACCUAUAAUGCCACUCCAGCAGAAUGUGGCAGAAUUGCUGUUUGUAAAAACUAGUUAUGUGAAGAAAAUAAUUGAGGACUGCAGCAAUUCAGAAGAAACUAUCAAACUACUUCGGUUUUGUUGUUGGGAAAAUCCACAGUUUUCUUCUACUGUUCUAAGUGAACUGCUGUGGCAGGUUGCUUAUUCAUACACUUAUGAGCUUAGACCCUAUUUGGAUUUGUUGUUGCAAAUCUUGUUGAUUGAGGAUUCUUGGCAAACACAUAGAAUUCAUAACGCACUUAAGGGUAUACCAGAUGACAGAGAUGGUUUAUUUGACACCAUCCAGCGCUCAAAGAACCACUAUCAAAAAAGAGCUUAUCAAUGUAUAAAGUGUAUGGUGGCUCUUUUUAGCAACUGCUCCGUUGCUUACCAAAUAUUACAGAGCAAUGGAGAUUUGAAAAGAAAAUGGACCUGGGCAGUGGAAUGGUUAGGUGAUGAACUGGAGCGCCGGCCUUACACUGGAAAUCCUCAGUAUACCUACAAUAAUUGGUCUCCACCUGUACAAAGCAAUGAAACCUCAAAUGGCUACUUUUUAGAAAGGUCACACAGUGCCAGAAUGACUCUAGCAAAGGCUUGUGAGCUUUGUCCUGAAGAGGAGCCAGAUGACCAAGAGGCCCCUGAGGAACACGAGUCCUCCCCACCCGAAGAUGCCCCAUUGUACCCCCAUUCUCCUGGUUCCCAGUAUCAGCAGAAUAACCAUUUGCAUGGACAACCAUAUACAGGCCCAGCAGCACAUCACAUGAACAAUCCUCAGCGGACAGGCCAACGAGCACAAGAAGACUUUGAAGGCAAUGAAGAAGUUCCCCUGAUUCAAACUAAAGAUUAGCGAACACACAUAAUCAAUUUACUUAACUCCUCCAAGACUGUGCACCCAGGCCUUACAGUCCAACCUUCCUUUGUGUCUGGCUAAUAUUUAAAACUAGAGAAAAAAACUAUUCCUAAUCAACCUGGAGUGAAGAGUCUAUUCACUGUCUUAUCUGCAGAAAAUUGCUGUCCAUAUAUAACCCGCCUGCAGUGGAAAGUGUAUAGUGUUUUGUAAUAAAAAGGCCUGAUGCUAAUGUGUAAAUGGCAAAGGUGUACAUAGUAUAUUAAUGUUUGACUGUUAAUUCUUGAGCAAGAUAUUUUUUUUUCCAAAUUGGGCUUGAUGAAAUUCACAGACUUACAGAAAAAAGAAAAAGGAACAAAAUCUCCACCAAAAAAAAAAAUAGUUUUUCAACUAUCUGCUCUGCAAGUUUUUUUGUUUUUUUUUUUUUUUUUCCUGCUAUAUGACAGUUGGAUCUUUACAACGAAAGAAAGGAAAAACCUUUUCAUGUCAACCACAGAAAUAGUUUAUUGUUAACUCUUUGCCACUGAGUCUGUUUUAUUCUAAGCAACUUGAUGGCUGAUAACUUUUUAAUUAUUUGGUUGAUGUGGACAAGUGGCGAUGUAACCUUUGUUUCUAGAUUUAUUUUCAUUGCCUUCUUCAUACUGGUAUUAGUUAAAAAAGAAAAAAGAAAAUCUUGUUAUGCUGUAACAUAGCAUGGCUUCACACCAGAUAAGUGUAGCCAGACAUAGGGAUAUGGGAGGGUUGGUGGGGAUUAUAUGCCAUGAUCUAAAAACAGUUGCACUGUUCUGAGCUUUUUUGUUUUGUUUUAUUGGGGGGGUUUUUGUUUUAUUAUUUUUUUUUUGUUUGUUUUGUUUUCCCUUGAUAAUUAAGCAGGGGGACAUAAACAAUGAAACUGAGUUGCACAUAUGCCCAUUUGUAAUAUUUGAAGAUUGCUUGUGGGUUUCAAUAGUUUUCAAUAAUCAUUAGUAAACAAGAGGAGAAUAAGAAAAUUUAAAAAUUAAAACAAAUAUGCAAACAUUUGCUAUGCCAGGAAGCCUGGAGCAUAGUAGAGAUGGAAUUUUAUGUGGUUGUACUUUUACUUUGGGAAAGUUUAAUAUAGACAAAUGGUAGGCGUUUUUGUACCUUCUACUGCAUCUCACAGUCAAGGCCUACAAAAUUAUACAAUACACGUAAAUGCCACUGCUCGGGUAAAAUAUGGUGGUAUUUGCUUUGUAAAACAAUGCUACUUGAAAUUAUAAUGUAGCCCUUAACCUGUUCUUGUAACAAAUAUUUAACAUAAGUAGAAGGUCUGAAUAAAAGAUAAACUACUGGUUCGUCAAAUACAAUUCCAAGAUAUAGUGAUUCAAGAAUAAAGAUGUUUUAUGAAUUAAAGAAAAGCACCAGUAAAUACUGUAUUUAAAAAAACAAAAAUAGUAACUUGAACGUGUGUAUCUUUUGGAAUCUUUCUAAAAAACCAAAUACCCCUGCAGAAAGAUACAGCCCACCCUAUAAUAUUUAAAUAUUUUGCUGUUUUAUUUUAUAGAAAUUAUUUUGCUGAAUUCACAAAUAGAAUUUGAUUUAAGAAGAAAUAAA